AUGCAAAUGCGAAAGUGCUUUCUUCAUCCUCAAUAGGAAAUAAAAUUCAUAGUGUUGAAUGCUCAAUGUUAACAUUUCACUCGAUUAGUAUGUUCAUAAUGUAUAGAUGAAUUCUAAUUGGAUUAUCAAAGACAUGGAGUUUAAGAAUUAACAAAGGUAUGUUUCAAAUUUAUUUAGAUUGAAUAAUAAUUGUGCAAAAUAUUCUUUCCUUUAGUAAAGGAUGAAAAUGUGAAACAAAUGAUAUUCGAUUUCUAUUAGACUGAAUUCUUUACUAUAUCUGAUUAAUAUUAGAAACUAAGAGAAAUUUGUUAGAAUAGUAUAGAUUUAAUAGGUGCUUUGGUUAUUAAACUUGAUGCUUUGAUUUAGUAAGUCAAAGUUAAGUAAAUAGUUUUUGUUUAACAAGUAUUAAAAUAUAUUUGAUGUGUAGACUUUUUAAUUCAAUAAGAUUAAAGAUUUGUUUGUUGAUUUACAUUAAGCUAAAUCUAAAGAUAUCUAAUCAAUUAUUCAAUAGAAAGUGACUGAUUAUUUUAGAUAUAUAAGAAGAUUAACACCUGAGUAGGUUCAUACAUAGAUUUAACAAUAAAAACAAGAGAAUUCCUCAGAUAUAGAAUCACUGUAAGUAGAUGAUAUGAUUACAUCUUACUAAGCAAUAAUAACAGCGAUGAGAGAUUUAGAGAUACGUAAGGUUUCAAAAGUGGCUAAACCAAUUUCACAAUAAGGUUGUGGUUCUCUUUUAUAGACAUUAGAGUAGAUUAUUAGUAAGAAACAUAAUGAGUAACUUAAGGCUGAGUUGGUUUAUAAUCAUAAGGAAGAUUAUGAAAAGGUUUAGCUAUGGAGUAAAUUAUCAGGAUAAUCAAAUACUCUUGUUAUUUGUAAACAGAAGAAUUCAUAAUACUUUGGUGGUUAUACUCCAUCUUAAUGGUAGUAUGGAUUUCCUGGUAAAGAUCCGCAUCUUAUUACAUUUUUAUUUUAAUGUCAUGGAUAAGAAUUGAGAAUACAUACUAUCAAUAGAGAACUUAAAUAAAGAGCAAUAAAUUGUGCAGUUAAACAUAUGGAAUUUGGAUAAAAGAAUUUAGUUAUAGCUACAGAUUUUUCAAGAGUAGAAAUGAAGAUAUUUCCAGGAUUUUCUGAAUAAUCAGAUAAGUAUCAUGUUUGUUAAACAGUAUCAGAUGAAUAAGAUGUAUUUAAAGUAUAUGUUUUAAAAAAAAUCUUUUGA